GUAGGGGAGCUGGGCUUUUUUGGGGAAAGGAAAGAAGUCGCUUCGCUCCGUCCGUCGCGGAGGAGCCUGAGGAGACGAGUCCGCCCGGCUCCGCUUAUAGCAGGGCUAUUCUGUGAAAAAGAUGGUUCUUUAUUUGGACUGGUUUGUUCACUUCCGUCUCAUACUUUUGUACCACUGGGUGACCGCAACUUUAUCCCUAAAUCUUGAGGAUCCAAAUGUCUGUAGCCACUGGGAGAGCUAUUCUGUUACAGUACAAGAAUCCUAUCCACACCCUUUCGAUCAAAUUUACUAUACCAGCUGCACAGACAUUCUGAACUGGUUUAAAUGCACACGGCACAGAAUCAGUUACCGUACUGCCUAUAGGCAUGGAGAAAAAACUAUGUACAGGCGGAAAUCUCAGUGUUGCCCUGGAUUUUAUGAAAGCAGAGAAAUGUGUAUCCCUCACUGUGCUGAUAAAUGUAUCCAUGGUCGCUGUAUUGCUCCGAACACCUGUCAGUGUGAGCCUGGCUGGGGUGGACCCAACUGUUCCAGUGCAUGUGACAGUUACCACUGGGGACCGCACUGCAGUAGUCGCUGCCAAUGCAAAAACGGAGCCUUGUGCAAUCCCAUCACUGGAGCCUGCCACUGUGCUGCUGGAUUCAAGGGAUGGCGCUGUGAAGAACACUGUGACCAAGGGACCUAUGGAAACGAUUGCCACCAGAAAUGCCAGUGUCAGAAUGGAGCCACUUGUGAUCAUGUGACUGGAGAAUGCAGAUGCCCUCCUGGAUACACCGGAGCCUUUUGUGAGGAUCUCUGUCCUCCUGGUAAACAUGGGCCACAGUGUGAAGAACGAUGCCCAUGUCAGAAUGGUGGAGUAUGUCAUCAUGUAACUGGGGAAUGUGCCUGUCCUCCUGGAUGGAUGGGCACAGUCUGUGGUCAGCCUUGUCCUGAAGGGCGUUACGGAAAGAACUGCUCUCAAGAAUGCCAGUGUCACAAUGGGGGGACAUGUGACUCAGCUACAGGGCAGUGUCACUGCAGCCCUGGUUACACAGGCGAACGAUGCCAAGAUGAAUGUCCAGUGGGAACCUUUGGAGUACAAUGUGCAGAGACGUGCCAAUGCAUGAAUGGUGGGAAAUGCUAUCACAUUAGUGGUGCAUGCCUUUGUGAGCCAGGAUACACAGGAGAACGCUGCGAAACAAGACUGUGCUCCGAAGGUGUCUAUGGUCUCAAAUGUGACAAAAAAUGCCCCUGCUAUUUGCCAAAUACUCACAGCUGUCAUCCUAUGUCUGGAGAAUGUUCCUGCAAGCCAGGCCGGUCUGGACUCUACUGUAAUGAGACAUGUUCCCCGGGAUUCUAUGGAGAAUCUUGUCAACAGAUUUGCAGUUGCCAAAAUGGUGCUGACUGUGACAGUGUGACUGGAAAAUGCAUCUGUGCCCCAGGAUUUAAGGGUUCUGAUUGCUCUAUUCCUUGCCUUCUUGGAACAUACGGAGUAAAAUGUUCCUCAACAUGCAACUGCAAAAAUGAGGCCAUCUGUUCCCCUGUGGAUGGUUCUUGUACCUGCAAAGCAGGUUGGCAUGGAGUUGACUGUUCUAUAAACUGCCCUAGUGGGACGUGGGGUCUUGGCUGCAAUUUAACAUGCCAGUGCCUUAACGGAGGGGCAUGCAAUACUCUGGAUGGAACCUGCACCUGUGCUCCAGGAUGGAGAGGAGAAAAAUGUGAAUACCCUUGCCAGGAUGGCACAUACGGGUUGGACUGUUCAGAGCGCUGUGACUGCAGCCAUGCAGAUGGCUGUCAUCCCACUACUGGCUAUUGUCGCUGCCUCCCAGGAUGGUCAGGCAUGCAUUGUGACAGUGUAUGUACUGAAGGACACUGGGGUCCAAACUGUUCGCUGUCCUGUUACUGCAAAAAUGGAGCAUCAUGUUCGCCAGACGAAGGGAUCUGUGAAUGCGCACCUGGCUACAGAGGCACCACUUGCCAAAGAAUUUGCUCUCCCGGAUUUUAUGGUCAUCGCUGUAGCCAGGCCUGCCCCCAGUGUGUUCACAGCAGUGGCCCAUGUCACCAUGUGACUGGUUUGUGUGACUGUCUACCUGGUUUCACAGGAGCUCUCUGCAAUGAAGUCUGCCCCAGUGGCAGAUUUGGGAAGAAUUGUGCAGGAAUUUGCACAUGCACCAACAAUGGAACCUGCAAUCCAAUUGACAGAUCUUGCCAAUGUUAUCCUGGCUGGAUUGGUAGUGACUGUUCUCAGCCUUGUCCUCCUUCCCAUUGGGGCCCAAAUUGUAUCCAUACCUGCAACUGCCAUAAUGGAGCUCGCUGCAGUGCCUAUGAUGGGGAGUGUAAAUGUACACCGGGAUGGACUGGUCUCUACUGCACCCAAAGAUGUCCUUUGGGGUUUUAUGGAAAGGACUGUGCAUUAAUCUGCCAGUGUCAGAAUGGAGCCGACUGUGAUCACAUCUCAGGGCAGUGUACAUGUCGCACAGGAUUCAUGGGAAAACACUGUGAACAGAAAUGCCCCUCAGGUACAUACGGUUAUGGCUGCCGGCAAAUUUGUGACUGUUUGAACAACUCAACUUGUGACCACAUCACAGGAACCUGCUACUGCAGCCCUGGGUGGAAAGGAGCAAGAUGUGACCAAGCUGGAGUAAUUAUAGUGGGAAAUUUGAACAGCUUAAGCCGCACUAGCGCUGCCAUCCCUGCUGAUUCUUACCAGAUUGGAGCCAUCGCUGGCAUAAUUAUUCUUGUCCUUGUCGUCCUCUUCCUGCUAGCACUAUUCAUCAUUUAUAGGCAAAAGCAGAAGGGGAAGGAAACAAAUAUGCCUGCAGUUACCUAUACUCCUGCCAUGAGGGUCAUCAAUACAGACUACAGUAUUUCAGAGACGAUGCCUCACAGUAAUGGUGGCAAUGCUAACAGCCAUUACUUCUCCAACCCAAGCUAUCACACUCUAACGCAGUGUUCAAACCAAGUGAAUGCCAACAACAUGGACAGGAUGACUCUGGCAAAGUCAAACAACAACCAGCUGUUUGUGAAUCUUAAAAAUGUGGAUUCUGGAAAGCGAGGCCCUGUUGUGGACUACACAGGAACCCUACCUGCUGACUGGAAGCAUGGAGGCUACCUCAAUGAGCUUGGAGCUUUUGGAAUCGAUAGAGGCUGUACGGGGAAAUCUCUGAAAGAUCUAGUAAAGAAUUCUGAAUACAAUUUAAGUAACUGCUCCUUAAGCAGUUCUGAAAAUCCUUAUGCCACUAUUAAAGACCCACCAGCACUGACACCAAAACAUACAGAAUGUGGAUAUGUUGAAAUGAAGUCUCCAGCACGAAGGGAUUCUGCCUAUGCAGAAAUUAGCAACUCUGCUUCCACCAACAAGAAUGUCUAUGAAGUUGAACCUACAGUCAGCGUUAUCCAGGGAACGUUUAAUAACAAGGGACCUUUCAGCCAAGAUCUUUACGAUCUGCCAAAAAACAGCCACAUCCCCUCUCAUUAUGACCUGCUGCCUGUUCGCGAUAGUCCUGCAUCUUCAGAGAAAGACGAAAGCAGCGAAUGACACCAGAGGCCCAUUCUGGAGCACAGCGGAGCUCUUACGGAGAACUAGGAUCUAGUGAUCCCUUUUCUUCUACUUCACCAUCUGCAUUCAGUAAACAUUUUGCUGUACAUUAAACCAGGAGAAUCAAACUAUGGUUUGUAUACACUCGUGGCAGAUGGAUAGGUGCCAGGCUUGGAAGACCCUGUCAGUUUUUCCAUUGCAAUUAAUGUUUAGAGAAUGAAAUGCCAAACCUGUACUGGCUCAAAGGUACAAGCUUGAGAACGAUUCUUGUGCCAGCUGUGUUGUUGUUCCUACAAUGGACGGCAAUUUUUUUUCCACUAGCUCAGCUUGCAUAGUUGACAUGCAGCCAAGACUGUACAACCUACCAAAUACUCACUUAGCCACGUCAUCUGAGUUACUAGUUACUCUGGAAAAGAAAAGAAACCAAUGCGUUGCUGGUUUUUCUUUACACAUGUAAGGAGAGAUGCGGUCUUAGAGCAUAUCCGAUUACAGUGCUGGAUUGAUUUGGGAAAGCCAAGGCAAAAUACUUACUCCAUUGCUGGUAAUGGAAGUAUAAUACAGGAGUUGUUUUGAAUGUCUGGGAAUUCCUGGAUAAAUAUGGCUAAAGGUUAUGUGCCACAAAAUGUGAUUUUUGGCACCGGCGCUUGCCAAACGAUGGGCACGAUUGAGACUCACGGUUAGCAAUUCCGAGUAAAGUUUCUGCUCUAUGCAAGUAAUAAUGCAUAACAUAUCAGCAAUUGUUCCAUAAACAUGUGCGUUAAAUGGUUUAUUUUUGUCAAAAUGGAUUGAAUGAGUGGGUAAGAGAAAAGGCAAAACGUAGUGUAUGCUGUACAUUUUAAAUGCAAGAGAAGGUUUCAGUUUUAUAAACAAGUAGCACUUGUAACAUGGAAUAAGAACAAUGUUUGAUCAAUCUUUGUGCGUACUUGUUAAAAAGGCACCUUUUCUUUUUGUAAUUGAUUUAGGGAAAAUAUGCUUAAGCUGGUCUUUUGCAUUGCUAAUAACUUGGCACAUAUACCCCACAUUUCAUUAAGUUGUAUCUCUAUUUUAAAAUAAUGUAGUUACGUUUUCUAGUGCUUUAGAAUAACAGUGCAGAAAUAUAAUAUUUUUGACCCUUGUAGUUUUGUCAAUGCCCCCCCAUUAUGUCUGCUUUAGAAGCACUGUUUUUUAUGAAGAAGAACAAUAUUUAGAUAAUGUCAGUUUCUCCACCAGAGAUAGGCUAGAAAAGUAAUCUUAAACUAGUGUGUAAACUGUUGAAAUUAUUCAGAUUUUUUUUAAAAAAAAACCUGAUUUAAUGUUAAUGCAAGGGAUAAUGUUCAUAACAAGAAACAGUAUUAAACAGAAAUAAAUCAAAUUAUUUCCCAUCAACAGUUUCAACUAAUGUUUUCACCCUAGAAGUGUCAUCUUUCUGUUCCAAAGGAACAUUUUGUGUGAGCCAAUUUAUAGUUGAAGUGUCAUUGAAAGAUAAAAAUUGCAAAGAAAUCUUUCUCUUUCCCCUGCCCCCUCUCAAUGUAGACAAUUUAACUUUCCAUUGCUAGAUUAUUUCCAGCCAUAAUGGGAACAGAGAAAGAUGUAUUAAGUCUAAUUGUUUAUGUUUUCUUUAGUUUGCAGCAUCUCAUUUCAUCUCCAUGGUGCAUCUGAAACCUAAAGCUGAUAAGUAAUAAGUUAGGUCUUUUAGGUUACCACCGCUGAGCAUGUUAGUAAAAUGUUCCACUAUUGGUUCUCAACAAUAUGCUGGGUUCCCAGUACUAGAUCUGUUAAAUUCAAAGAACUAUUGUGACUAUGAUCCAACAAAUGGAACUGAAAACAACUACUGAUGUAAAAGCUUUUCUUUUUCGCCACUAUGUAUUCCUAGGGCACUUUGUUUUACUCAAUGUUAUUUAAGCUACUCUCGAUCAAAAGGCAUUGCCAUAGCUUGUUUCAGCCCUUGGCACCCUGCGUCGUUACACGUACUAAAGGUGUGUAAUCUUUGUUGGACCAUGCAAAUAUAAAAGACAAAAAUUGAAUUGGGGUUGUGGGGUGUGGUUUUUUUGUUUUUUUUUUUUGGAAUUUGAGCAACACAAAUACCUUGCUGUAGAAUAGGUUUGGUAUGGUGUUGGAAUAGCUCUACAAUCUUUUUGUAUUGUGUUACAGAAACUCACAAAUAAAGCCUAUCUUUCUUUUCUUUUGA